AGGUUUCAGCACACGCGCUUUGUCGUUCACCCUUUGUUACUAUUUUUUCCUGUAUAACGCAGCUUCAGCAGCUGCGAGUAACGAUGCUCAGCCGCACCUUCCUCUGCGCUCAGCGCAAGAUCCCGUUCUACCCCAUCAAUGCGAAAAACCCGCAAGUUUUUUUCGACCUCUCGAUCGGCUCGCAGCCGGCGGGUCGGGUGGAGAUGGAGCUCUUCAAGGAUGUGGUGCCUAAGACGGCCGAGAACUUCCGUGCCCUGUGCACCGGUGAGAAGGGCGUCGGCCGCUCCGGCAAGCCGCUGUGGUACAAGGGUAGCCGCUUCCACCGCGUGAUCCCGCAGUUCAUGUGCCAGGGCGGCGACUUCACCGCCGGCAACGGCACGGGCGGCGAGUCCAUCUACGGGCACAAAUUCCCCGAUGAGUCCUUCGCUGGACGCGCGGGGAAGCACUUUGGUGCGGGUACGCUGUCGAUGGCCAACGCUGGCCCCAACACGAACGGCUCGCAGUUUUUCAUCUGCACCGCUAACACGGACUGGCUGGACGGCAAGCACGUCGUGUUCGGUCAAGUCACGAAGGGCUACGACGUGAUCCAGAAGGUAGAGAUGCAGGGCAGCCAGAGCGGUUCCACCCGUCAGCCGAUCACGGUCACGAACUGUGGCGAGAUCAAGUCGGAGUAA